AUGCAGUCCAGCAACCGUCCCGGCGGCUCAGCUUGGACGACUCCUGCGUGGAACUGGAGCCGCGACUCGCUCGGGAAGGUAGACGGCUCCAGGGGUGGCGUGGACGCGGCGUGGUCAGGGAGCAAAGCCAACGGAAGCAGAGACCCCUACGGGCGGGACGAAGACCUGGCCAAGCUGGAGAUCGCCGUGCUGGCUCUGACCUUCGCCUUAGCUCUGCUGGGCAACUUUUUCGUGCUGUUAGCGCUGCACCACACGCCGCGCAAAAAGGCAUCCCGCAUGCAUCUUUUCAUCCGGCACCUGAGCCUGGCCGACCUGGCCGUAGCUUUCUUCCAGAUCUUACCCCAACUGUGCUGGGAAGUGACGCACCGCUUCCACGGGCCCGACGGGCUCUGCCGCGUGGUGAAACACCUGCAGGUGUUCGGCAUGUUCGCCUCGGCUUACAUGUUGGUGGUGAUGACGGCCGACCGGUACAUCGCCGUGUGCCACCCGCUCAAGACGCUACAGCAGCCGAGCAAGCGCUCGCGCUGCAUGAUCGCGGCCGCCUGGGCGCUCAGCUUCUUGCUCAGCGUGCCCCAGUACUUCAUCUUCUCCCUCAGCGAGGUGGAGAGCGGCUCGCAGGUCUACGACUGCUGGGCGCACUUCAUCAAGCCGUGGGGGGCUCGCGCCUACAUCACUUGGAUGGCCGGCAGUAUCUUCGUGGCGCCCGUCCUCAUCCUGGCCACCUGCUACGGCUUCAUCUGUUACCACAUCUGGAGCAACGUCCGGGACAAGACGCGGCGGCAGAAGCGAGAGAGGGCUCCGCCACACGAGGGCGCCCUGCGCAAGGGGCUGCUCUUCACGCCUCAGGUCAGCAGCGUCAAAAGCAUCUCCCGCGCCAAGAUCCGCACCGUCAAGAUGACCUUCGUGAUCGUUUCGGCUUAUAUUGUGUGUUGGGCCCCUUUCUUCUCGGUACAGAUGCGUUCCGUCUGGGACGACCACGCCUCCUGGCAGGAUUCAGAGGAUGUUGCAGUUACAGUGACUGCCCUUUUGGCCUGCUUGAACAGUUGCUGCAAUCCAUGGAUCUACAUGUUUUUCAGUGGGCAUCUCCUACAAGACUUCUUGCAGAGUUUCUUGUGUUGUCGAAAAAUUAAACAAAGAUUGAAUAAAGAAGAUACUGAGAGCAUUAGCAGGAGACAGACUUCUUUCACUAAUAAUAUAAGUCCAACAAACAGUUUGGAUACAUGGAGAGAAUCACCAAAUUUAUCAUGAUUUAUUAACUAUUUCAAUUUCUUUCUAGACCAUUAAUAAAAUACUAAUAUCUCUGAGUGCCAAAAAAGCACUUUAGCUACCAGGUAUCAUGUGAUCAAUAAAGUAAUCGAUUGGCAAAAAAGUUAUCAUUUUAUGUCAAUGAAAACAACAAAUUAAUAUCUAAAAAUAUAUGUGAACAUGUAGUCAAUGAUAUUGAUGGAAAAUCAGAUAACAUGCAAUAUUUUUCCAGACAGACAAUUAUAAACCUUGGCAUUAAUCCUUAAUGAGGUACAGCAUUCUAUGAAGUAAUGGCUACUACUCUGUAAAAAUAUUUGCUCAGUCCCUUCAAAAGUCUUGCUGAGGAACAUCCUAAUCUUUCAAGAAAUGACUAAAUACAGUAUUUAACGCUGUGAUCAACCAUUUAUAGGUAGUUCUUGACUUACGACUGCAAUUGACCCCAAAAUUUCUGUUCCUAAGUGAGACAAUUUUGCCCCAUUUUACGAUCUUUCUUGCCACAGUUGUUAAAUGAAGCACUGCAGUUGUUAAGUUAAAAUGGCUUCCCCAUUGUCUUUGCUUUCAGAAAGUUGCAAAAGGUGAUCACAUGAUCCUGAGACAUUGUCAUAACCAUCAUAAAUAUGAGUCAGUUGUCAAGCAUCUGAAUUUUGAUCACAUGACCAUGGGAAUACUGCAACGAUUGUGUGAAAAACAGUCAUAAGUCACUUUUUUCAGUGCUAUUGUAACAGUCAUUAAAUGAACUGUUGCAAGUCAAGGACUACCUGUAUCAAAAUCGUAUUGGAAAUAAUAAAUUGGCCUGAUCUAAAGCUAUGUAGAUGACAAAUAACUGUGGAACACCCAACCAAUAUUAAUUUUUAAGCUGAAUUAAAUAUUAUGGAAAGCUAUAAUAGCUUAAGCUAUUCUGAGAAACAGAAAAAAACAUAUAAAGUACUGGAUUCUUUAAGGGAACCCAUUGAAUGUUUAUAUCAUUUGUAAUAUAGUAUGUAAGAAAUUGCUUCCUUGUGAUUAUUUUUAUAUUUAAGUAGGCACAUGGACAUAUUUGGGUAGAAGUUGGGAAUGCUCCAACACUGGAAAUUUUUAAGAAAAUGUUGGAUAACCAUCUGUCUGAGAUGGUGUAGGGUUUCCUGCCUGGGCAGGGGGUUGGACUAGAAGGCCUCCAAGGUCCCUUCCAACUCUGUUGUUAUUAUUUAUAACAGGGCUUUAUCAACUUAAAAGUGUCAGAAAAAAAAUCAUUGUUAUUCUGACAGCAAAAGAAUAAAAGUUUCUUUCAUCAAUCUGAAUUUAGAAUUUAGAAGUGGCUCAGUUGAAACUUGGAUCAUUAGCAUUGUAUGAUUGGAAAAGAAAUACACUAUAUUAUACCAUAGGUAAUUUUUAAAAUCACAGGUUGUCACUUCAUUUUUUUAUUGGUUCUCAUUACAUCUCUGUAGCACAUAUAGGUAGAAAAGCAGCGCAAUUCGCUUUUGCAGCAACAAUAUUCUGGUGAGUUUUAUUUAGAUAGUAGAACACAAACAAUAUUGCCAGGCUAAGUAACUAAAGUGACAGAAGGGGAACAGGCAAAGAGGUUUUCCAGAUAGUUUUAAUGCAAAAUUAAAUAUGUAACUGACAUUUAUGAUAUUUUUCCUACAUUACUAGUUACUUUGCAAUGUGGUAUAAUUAUCCUGACUUUGUUAUUUUGCUAAUUAAAGGUGUUUAAAGGCAUACCAAAAGGGUAUAUUAACUUUUCUCAAACCAUUAUAUGCCCAAUAAACUUUCAUAUAAACUUAGAUGCAACAACUGGCAAUACUGUUUAUUUCUUCAGUCUCUUUUAACCUGUUAAUUUUUCUUGUCCUUAAUGAAUACCAUUAGAAUUUGGACUCUUUUUUUUUUUAACAACGAUUUAAUAAGCCUUAAUCCCAAAGGUGCUUUUUCAAGAGGCAACUAGACAUGCUGUUUUUUCUUUGAAAACAUUUCAACCAGAUGUGAAGAAGCAUCCUGGAUUAGAAGCAAAACAUCUUGCUGUUUUCAGUAUUCUAAGUGUAAAACACAACACCCAGGGUUCUGAAGUUCUGCCUCAAGCUCCUAAAAAAUGGGGCAUUUGAUUUCACUUUGUUUCCAAUAUCCUGCAAUUGUGUUUGUCCUUUUUUAAUUCUUAAAACAGAGACUUGGAGAAUGCAUUACAAAUGAAGUAGGCAUAUGUUCUGCUCUUAAUUGCAUCUUAUAUAGAAAGAAGAAUUAAGAGAGUAUGUGUACAUGUUUAGACAUUUAAAAGAAACAUUUUGGACAUUAAUUAAAACUUCUGUUUGCCCAGUUGGUAAGUUUACUGCUGUUUUUAAAUUGUUUGCUACUGGGAUAUUAGAAUUCAUGGGUUACAAUGUAGCAUUCUUGUCCCUUUUUCUCCUGUCCUUUCUUUUUGCAAUAUUUUUCGGAGACUGCCCAAUUUAAAAAUAUACGUUGAAUACUUUUGUAUGUUAAAAUGUUAACUUUGCUGUUGAGGUUGUGAGUUAUUAAAUGUCAAUCCUGUAUGUUCAUUUGAUCCUUUGUUGAGCUUUACAGGCAGACUGCCACAUCUGAAAGCAUGCACUGUGUAUGCAGUAGAAACUUCAAAUUACAUAUUGUACUUUUUCUGCUUAUUGCAGGUAGUCCUCAAAUUACGACCUCUAUUGAGCCCAAAAUUUCUGUUGCUAAGUGAGAUAUUCGCCCCAUUUUACUUGUCACUUGUUAUUAAGUGAAUCACUGUAGUUGUUAAGUUAGCAAUACAGUUGUUAAGUGAAUCUGGCUUUCCUAUUGACUCAGAAGGGUAUAAAAGGAGAGAUCACGUGACUCCAGGACAUUGCAACUGUCAUAAAUGUGAGUCAGUCUGAAUUUUGAUAAUGUGACUACAGGGAUAUUAUAAUAGUUGUAUGUGUGAAAAAAAGUUGUAAAUCACCUUUUUUAGUGCUGUAACUUUGAACGGUCACUGAAUGAACUAUUGUAAAUCAAGGACUACAUCUGCUUUGUUCCAGUUUGUGUUAAAUGAAUUUAUCUCUUGCUAUUUGACUCUGCUCAAAGCUCUGUGAUUGUUCGAUGUAGAUACUGAUUGCAAAACUACUUUACUGUUACUUCUG